AUGGGAGCGCGAUCUCCCUCCCGAUCAGCGGCUGCGGCGGAAGCGGCAGCGAUUGCCCCCGCGCAAGCCGCCUCAGGCCGCAGCGGUCCUCGGUCCCCAACCCCGCCCACCUCCCAGGGCGUCCCGCGGACUCCUAGCCUCCGCCUUCCGCCUUCCCCCGCGUCCUCCCGCCGCGGCAUCAUCUCCCCCUCAGGCUUUCACGCGCCCGCCUGCCCGCUUCCGCCUCCUUCCCCUUCCGCCUCUCCCCUUUCCUCCCCCUGCCUGUCCCCCUCCUCGUUCUCUUUCGCCGUCCCUCGUGCGAAUUCUCGCGAAAAUCGAGCUGCGGCGGCGGUGAGUAGCAGCGCAUCUCGCGGGGGUGACGGCGGGAGUGGAUCCGGGCAGCGCGAAAAUCUUCCGCGCAGCAUGAGCAGCCAAUGGGACGUCUCGUCGCGCAGCCUGCGGGCAGGGCGAAAUCUUUCGGUGAGCAGCCCGAACCGGAUGCUGUCAACAAAUCUGAACCUGAAAGCAGCAAUGGCGUGUGUCGCGGCUGACUCAGCAACAGGCGCGGUUGACUCAGCAACAAGCGCGACUGACUCACCACGCGCUGGUGUUUCUGCCUCUGCAGCAAUGCCGUCACCCACUCGGAACGCGACAGCAGGCAGCAUCCUUCGACGUGGCGGGCUGAAAAGAAUGCCCUCACUCGACAGCAUGUCGCCUGUGUAUGCCACGUCAUCAUCCCCUUCCAGCUCACCACUCUCAAUCCACACAACCUCCAACCCACCUGCCACAGCCAUCCCUUCCGAGCCUCUGUCCGAACCUGCUUCCAGUACCGCCGAAGCUGCUGCCGAAGCCACAGGCGCCGGCGCUGCUGCUGCUUCCUCCACCACCGGACCUCCCUCCCCCGGCCUCUCCCCCAAGGGUUCCCCCGUCCCCACUCCACAGCUAUCCCCGGGUCCCUCACCCAAGGGUAAACACGUGCGGCGCGUGUCGUUCUGCACUAUGCCUGCCGCUCAGCCUCGGGCCAUUUGCCGAAGCUCCUCGUUUCAGAGCCUCGGCUCGGGUGCGUCAGCAGGCCAGCACAGCAGCUAUGGUCGUCCGGGCUACCAACUAGGCUACCUCCCAUCACACUACCCAUCAAACCACCCGACCCACCUCCCAUCCAACCUCUCACCCAACUACCACAGUGGCCAGAGCUACUCAGCAGCAGGACGAAUCUCUGGCAUGGAAGAGAAAAGAGGAGGAAGGAAAUCUCAGAAAUUGGGAAAUGUGGGGUUGAGUAGCGAUUCUGGGGAGCUUGAGUUAGAGCUGAGAAUUCCGGUGCCGCCCAGAAUGCCUUCACCCAGGCUGUCCCCCUCUCCGCGAGUGCAGAGGCUGCUGCAGCACAUGUGGGGUGAAUUGGACGAUGGGGAUGCUGCAUAG